AUUUAGAUCGAGGCUAGGUAUUAGCUUCGCUCGUGUAAAAUAUGACUCGGUCGCGCCAUUUGUGGGGCUCUAACCAUACAAAAUGGCAAACGACAUGGAAGCGUUCGACCUCCACCGUUCCUGUAUCCCGACAACCGUUUUCAAAUCUAUCGUGCAAGAUAUUGACCUCAUGCUAUUGCAAUAUGGUCCUCCCCUCAAAUACUACACAGAAGUGGCGCGAUUGCGCUUCCUUUCUCCCAUAAGAAGCUAACUUACUAGUCCUGUAACUGAACCUUAGACUCAUUCAGAUUUUCAACCACAUUACAGCCCUAGUAUUUCAUAGUGCAGUGAGGAACAUUCCUGGUCUAAUAAUACCUAAUCGUAUU